AUGUCUUUAUCCGAAAAGUACACGCUGCUGCGAGAGUCUAGUCUCUACGAUCGCAUGUUUUACUGCUUUCAUCGCCUAGGCAUCCAAUCGAACAUCCUUGUCUCAGCAGAAUAUUCCUCACACGAUGGAGCUCUAUCGGAUGAUACCGUUUACGCGGCUCUCGCAUCUGUAAUAAAGGCGCAUCCAGCCCUCUGUGCCGUCGGCGUGAGAUUGCCGUCUUCCAGUCCCGGGAAGCAUAGCCUCCACCUCGCGUUGCUCCACAAGAUUGAUCUGCAACGAUGUGUGGUGUUUAUGGAUGGUGAUAAAGACACGGGAGUUGGCCCAGCUCUUCUCGAGAAUGCGCACAACACGUGGGACUGGACCGACGAUGAACCAGACACUCCUUGGUGGAAAGUGCUUGUUGUGGGGAGAAAACACGUCGUGUUUGUGUACCAUCAUUUCGUUGGUGAUGGCAUCUCUGGCACAGUGUUCCAUCGCGAGUUUCUCGCCGCCAUCAACUCCCCAUCUCUUGAUUCGAAGCCGGUGCCAACACAAGUCACACUCACUUACCCUUCCACCGUUCAAUACCCACUUGAGCCUACCGAGCAUUCAAAUGUGACGCCAUCUAUUCCUAGACUGCUCUGGAAGAUGCUUGUCUGGUAUCUGCUUCGCCUCUUCUUUGGUGGGAAGCUUGUCUUUGGUGAUCUUCCCCGGCCUCGACCACAUGCUCAAUCAGUAGUGGCCAAGGCUGUCGACACAGACCGAACAAUCACCAGAGUUUCGACUUACCGCAUUCCCUCACAUAAAAUGCGUGCUGUGCUCUCCGCCUGCCGUGCAAACCAGACGACAUUCACACCACUCCUGUUUACGAUGCUAAAUCUCACUCUCGCAGCUGAUUUUUAUCCUCGAGCGACGUUUGGCGCAUCGCGAUUUGCCUUUGAUCUUCGACCAUAUCUCCCGGCGGCCGAAUUCGGCGACUUGGUUCGCAGCAACGUGAUUAUGAACGCCGCCGCAGGUUCGGCACAUAUUCAUCAUAUGGAGCCUUUCCGCAAGGCUGUCGCAACAUAUAGCGGCCCAAAUGAGGAAGCCGGCACGGUUUCUGUGUUUCGCAGUACUGUAUGGCAACUGGUCCGAGAACACAAGUCAAAGAUGGACAGUGGUAUCUAUGGGUCUAUCCGCGACUGGAUGGCGGGCACACUGAUAGGAAAUACCAUUGAGGAAUUCAUGACCAGCUCUAUGCCGAGGAUAGGACAUUUCACCAGCGAUACAUACCUGGUAUCCAAUCUCGGGCCGUUCUCGAGUACUCCAAAGGGCGUUGCGACGACGGGUGAUGCAAAAGAAACAUGGACCAUCGACGAUAUGCAAUUCUCGGCUGCUGCGACGAACGGGAACGUGGGAUCUCGCAGUCUUGUGCUAAACAUUGCUGGCGUGGCUGGUGGCGACACAGUCAUCAAUGCAUCAUAUGAAGAUGGCAUCAUGGACAGGGAGAUGGUGGACGCAAUUCUAGAAAAGGCAAUGGAAAAGCUGGACUGGCUUCUGGAGUAG